GCUCAAUAAUCCGCGCACAUACGCCGACCCCUUGCAAUUCAGUGUUCAACGUUCAACCCGGGAUGCUUUUUCAAUGGCCAAUAACGGAAAGAAGCCUAAGACAGAGCCCCGCAAAAUCCGCUUCAACUUCGCAAGACGUAUCUCAGCUGUCCAGGCGUCGUUAGCAACCGAGUAUAGAGCUUCAAUAAUUUCCAGCAUCCACAGAACCAAAGCACAUCGAACGACUAAAAAGGAACAAAAAAUAUGGACUUGUGGUCCCGCACAAUGCGACACUACUGUUGUGGAUGGUGCCACAAUUCAUGGAUUUAGCGACCUUCCAGCUGAGCUCGCUCUCAUCAUUUUCAAAUAUGCUGCACAACCAGAUUUUACUCAACCUGACACUUGGGGUAGCAAAACUCCAUACUCAUCCGCCCUUGCACUAUCUCUCGUCUCCAAAAUUGUCAGGCGCACUGUGCUGCCGGAACUUCUGCACACAGUGUCAUUGCCAGAAGCUCGCCACGUGGCAGAUUUCAUACAGGCUCUACGUAUGCAGAAAACAUACAUCGAUCAACAACAGCAUGAUCUAUCUCUUGAUUACACAUCUCACGUGCACAGGAUGUGGUUCGGAUAUUUUCAUGGGCCUUUGUCAAACCCGCAGCCUACCUUCAUUAGCAGUUCUAUCCCUUCUGCGGCUAAGCCUGACUCAGAGUCAGAUGUCAGCUUGCUGGCUCCGGUAAUCCUUGCCGCACCGUCCCUCGCGAUUGAAUAUUGCCUCAAGUAUGCGUGUAACUCCGAUGUCGACUUGAAUGUCGACCACAAAGAUUUCCCGCUUCCUUGGAGCACGAAAAGUUUGACGUUAUCGGGCAGUGUCACUUCUCGAUGGUGGCCCUUCAUAGGGGAUAUCCAUGGAUAUACUUUCCUCACUUCCAUCCAACACCUCACCCUACUUGCUCCCUCACCCUACGAGGUGCCUUUGUGGAUGGCACGGGCUCCUUUCAAGCAACUUCAGACAUUUUCGAUGCUCAUUUCAGACGGGGAACCUCCGGUCGCUGAAUAUGCCCCUGCGUGUAGCGCCAAAGCGACACAGGUAGAACUGGUCACGUUCCCUGCUUCCCUACUACCGGACCAUUGGACAUUCAAGGAAAUCAGGGCGUAUAUAGAAAAUGGGGUGGGAACCAUUCCAUCUGUUCCACUACCAGUGCCCCGUUCUGGCGACUUGUGUACACUUUGUCUGGAUUGCCAGAAUAUUUGGGCAAAUGGAUGUGAGGGCCCCGGGCGAAUGCUAGUACACCUUCAAGUUCGGUUCAUGAGGUGGGAUAAGCUCGUUCCUAAACUCUUAUUGUUAGAGCUUUGCGGUCUCGUGGUUGAAGACAGUCUGGCAACACAGUCGUCCAGCGAAGCGGGUCCUUUCUGGAGUCACAUCAGCGAUAACUUGCAGCCGUCGAUGGGCAUGAUCUGA